UCUACACGCGCAUGCGUCGUUGUCGACGGCGACGGCGGCCAUCAUGGCGGUGUGUGGCGCGGCGGCUGCAGCAGGAGGCGGCGGAGGGCGCUGGUAUUUCAGCCGAGAGCAGCUAGCGCGCAGCCCUUCCCGGCGCGCGGGGCUCGAUCCAGACAAGGAGCUGUCGUACCGGCAGCAGGCAGCCAACCUGCUUCAGGAUAUGGGCCAGCGCCUGACUGUUUCCCAACUGACUAUCAAUACAGCUAUUGUCUACAUGCAUCGGUUCUACAUGGUUCAAUCUUUUACUCAAUUUCAUCGAAAUUCUGUAGCGCCAGCUGCCCUUUUCCUGGCAGCCAAGGUGGAGGAGCAACCUCGAAAACUGGAGCAUGUCAUCAAGGUCGCUCAUGCCUGUCUACAUCCUCAAGAGGCUCUUCCAGAUACCAGGAGUGAGGCUUACCUGCAACAAGCCCAAGACCUGGUCAUUCUAGAGAGCAUAAUACUGCAGACCCUGGGGUUUGAGAUCACCAUAGAUCAUCCUCACACUCAUGUGGUGAAAUGCACACAGCUAGUGCGAGCCAGCAAGGAUCUGGCACAGACAUCCUACUUUAUGGCUACCAACAGCCUUCACCUAACCACCUUCAGCCUGCAGUACACCCCUCCCGUUGUGGCCUGCGUCUGCAUCCACUUGGCCUGUAAGUGGUCCAACUGGGAGAUCCCAGUCUCCAUGGACGGGAAGCACUGGUGGGAGUACGUUGAUGGCACUGUAACUCUGGAACUCUUGGAUGAACUUACUCAUGAAUUCCUGCAGAUCCUUGAGAAAACUCCUAACCGGCUGAAACGAAUCAGGAAUUGGCGGGCCUGCCAGGCAGCCAGGAAAUCAAAGACUGAUGAUCAAGGUGAUGAUGAUUGCCUCUCAGAACAGACCAUUCUCAGCAUGAUCUCCAGAAGCUCCUCUGACACAACCAUUGCAGGUCUGAUGAGCAUGUCUACUUCCUCAACUGCUGGAGGCCUUGCUUCGCUUUCAGCUGCAGCAGGCGACUCUCCAGGGGACCUUGGCACAGAUGUGAUGUCAGCAGACAGCUGGAUGGCUCCACACCCGUCACAUAAAUUGGAGGUCAGCCAUAGGGCCAGUGAAAUGUCUACCAGCACAGAUCAUCCACAUCUCGAUAACAGUAGUGCCCUCUCUAAGCAGAGCAUUAAAAGUGCACCAUUGGCAAAAGUAUCAUUAAAGGAGUAUCGUGCCAAACAUGCUGAAGAACUAGCUGCACAGAAACGUGAGCUGGAAAACAUGGAGGCAAAUGUACGUUCUCAAUACGCCUAUGCUGCUCAGAACCUGCUUGUGCAACAGCAGCGGGAACGGAUGUGCCAGCAAGAGAAUAACCCAUCUCCCAUCAUUCUGAAAAUCCCAUUGGGUGGCAACUCUGAUGGUUCUGACCGGCUCCCAACUGAAAAGCCUGAUAAGACCUCAUCUGCCCUUAAAGUUCGGCUGACUGCACCAGGGGACAAACCUGCUGUCUCUUCCUCCAAACCGGAGGAAAUAAAAAUGCGCAUCAAGGUGCCGACUCUGUCAGAACGGCCGGGCUCUUCUGAUGAAAGUAGCGGCAAGAGCCGAGGAGAGCACAAGGAAAAACAUAAGGUCCAUUCUUCUAACCACCACCACAACCACCAUUCUCACAAACAUUCACAUGCGCAACCUGUUGCCAGCACCAAGCGGCCAGUGGACUCCAAGCAUGGCAACCAAAGUGGCAUUGCAUCCCAUAAAGGAUUUGUCCCAAUUUGUUCCUUCCGCAAGAGACCACUUUCUGAGGAGGCCUCAGCUGUGGCACAUGAACAUCAGCCGAAAAUCAGCAAGAAUUCAAAAGGGCCCCCCAUGCCGUUUCCCUUUCCCCAGCACCCUGGGCAUAGCUUGGAUGCAGCUGGUCUCCCUUUUGUCCAGGGCAGCAAAACCAGAGGGGGUCCUGGCAAACUGGACAAGAGCACUGCCGGAGCCAAUGGGCAUAACAUGAACCAGGCCAUUGAUUACCAGGAUACAGUGAACAUGCUGCACUCCUUGCUCAGCGCACAGGGGAUGCAACCCACCCCCUCCACCUUUGACUUGUUACAUUCAUAUGGCGAGUACUUUGAACCCCAGGGCUGCUGCAAGUGUGGAUAUAAACCACGGCCGCCCCCUCUACCUUCAGAACCUCCCCCUCCCCUGCCGCCUCUCCCCAAGUGAUUCCCGUUUUUAACUACUGAGGUUGGGCUGCCCUCUGAUGAGGGCAUGUUGCUCGUAGUGAUCUCCACUGCCUGUGUGAAUGCCCGAACCCCUUUUUAAAACUAUUUUAUUAUUGGUAGAGAAUGUGGAGCCCUUGAAGCUGUGAAAAGAUGCACCCAUCUUUCUCCAUGUGCUUCCCCCACCCCCUCCAGUCCUCCUGGAAAGAAAUGGGGAUGUUUCCUGUCAGACUGAUUUGAAGGUCAUGAACCAACAGGAGAUGGCAUAGGGCUAUUUAAAAUUGUUGCAGUCUUUCUCCUAAAAGACAUUUAAAAUAAUUUAAAAUAAGUUAUAUAUGUUCUUAG